UUGGCGAUACGCUGUAAGAAAUGGAGUCGGUUGUGACUUUUGUGGGUGGUUUCCUGGCUAACCUGACACUCCAGUCCGUCCUGGUCCUGGUCCUGGUCUUUCUGACGGCCUACUGGCUCCUAGGCGCCGGUGGUCGGCAGAAGAACCUCCCGCCAGGGCCGAGGGGACUGCCCCUGCUCGGUAACCUACUCAGCGUUCGCCCAAGCCACUUGUUAUCCAACCUGGCGGCCUGGAGGCAGCAGUACGGGGACGUUUUCUGUGUGAGGAUCGCCACCAAACUGGCUGUCGUGCUCAAUGGGCACAAGGCUAUCCAGGACGCGUUCGUCAAGCAGCCUGAAGUAUUUUCUGACCGCCCUCCCGGAACCAUGGGCUCGGACAAGGACCAAGGUAUUGUCAUGGCCCGGUACGGGGAAGAUUGGAAGGUGAAACGUAAAGUCGGCCUGACCGCUCUCCGUCAGUUGGGCAUGGGCAAACGUAGUCUGGAGGGCAGAAUCAUAGAGGAGGCUCGCACCUUGUCUGACAUUCUUGCGGAAAAGGGCGGCACUGCAACGGACAUGUCGCUUCUUCUGUCAAAUGCCGUUUCUAACAUCAUCUGUUUCAUGGCGUUCGGUGAGCGAUUCGAGUGCAACGACACAGAGUUCCAGAGGCUCAUGCGAUUGAUUUGGGGGAUGGUAGGUGGGUCUGGGACCCCCGGAUCUUCUAUCCCUCGGUUUAUCCCCUUGGUACGCAAGUUGCCCUUCUUCAAAAAGGAGCAUGAAAAACGAAUGAAAACAGUCAGCGAGAUCGACGAUUUUAUCAAAGCCAAGAUCAAAGAACACCAAGAGACUUUCGACCCCUCCGACAUCCGGGACAUUAUUGACGUGUACUUGAUGGAGACCCAGCAGCAGGCCCCGGGUGGACAGGACGGCACCAUUACAGAAAAGGGGAUGAUCAGCACGGUGAGAGGCCUGUUCAUCGCAGGAGCAGAAACAACAGCUACGACCCUAAAGUGGGGGCUGCUGUACCUGGCGCGCCAUCUGGAAGUGCAGCGAAAAGUGCAGGACGAGAUCGACAAAGAGUUCGGUGCCAGUCCUCCAAGCCUGUCCCAGCGAGGAAAGCUGCCCUACACCGAGGCCACCAUCCUGGAAAUUCAGCGGAUCCGACCCACAGUACCGCUCAGUGUUCCUCACACAACCUCCGCCGCGACCGUUCUGCACGGCUUUGACAUCCCGGCGAACACUCUCAUCAUCCCCAACCUGUGGUCCGCCAUGAUGGAUCCGGCAGUGGCGCCUGACCCCGAAACCUUCAACCCGGACAGGUUUUUGGACGAAGAAGGAUCUCUCGUCCGUCCCGAGUGGUUCAUUCCUUUCUCACUGGGGCGGCGUCAGUGCCUUGGUGAGCAACUGGCCAAGAUGGAACUGUUCAUCUUCCUGACAACCUUGCUGCAGCACUUCACAUUCAAACUACCAGAAGGUGCCCCUGCGCCGUCAAUGGAAGGCACCUUGGGUCUUGUUCUCGCACCCAAAUCCUACCAGAUUUGCGCCAUUCCAAGAGAUAACUAGACCGAUGUUUUGAUACUUUUCAACUUAUCAUUAGAUUAUAUACUACUGUACUUUGUAUCCAUCCACUCUAGUCCGUCGGGGCGCACAUAGCCAUGGUAAAACUUGUUGAAUUCACCUGCAUCCGAUGCUGGUUGCCUCCGCAUCGCAAUGAAAUCCAUAACAAGGGUCUAAACGGUGCCGAUCAGCUCAGCAUUCUAUACACCAAAUCCGAUGGACAUAGGAAUAACCCGAUCCCAUAACUGGCAAGACUAGUCUUAGAUAUGAUGUAAUACCCAUUAUGUAAUACCCAUUAUGUCCACAAGGAAGAUGCUUUGUUUUUGUUAGUUGUACUUUAAGUUGUUUGCAUCUGUAUAGCCUUAGAUCACGUAAUUCAGCCAACCAUAUUUGUUGACUGCAAUGUGGUUUUAGCCUGUGUAGUAUGUGAAUAAAUAAACCAAC